AUGGCCCCGAAUAUAACGAAUACCCCGACUGGCGUGCUUUUCGAAGAGGAGACCCUGGAGGAGACUUCAAGUCUGAGCGAGCCUAAGAAGAAGAUCAAGAAACAAAUCGUCUGGAGGAACGUGAUUAUUUUCACGUAUCUUCAUCUAGGUGCAAUCUAUGGAUUGUACCUUGUUUUUACAUCGGCAAAAAUCGUUACGACACUCUUUGGUGAGCAAAUGCCUGGAAUUAUUUCCCGUCGAUUAUCAAGGUUUCGUCUAACCACAAUAUCUUUGUACGUAUGCAGUGGAUUGGGAAUCACAGCUGGUGCACACAGAUUAUGGGCACACAGAUCAUACAAAGCGAAAUGGCCACUCCAGAUGUUGCUGAUGAUAUUCAACACCAUUGCGUUCCAAGAUGCAGCUAUCGAUUGGGCUAGAGAUCACAGACUUCACCAUAAAUACAGCGAGACGGAUGCGGAUCCCCACAAUGCAAAGAAUGGAUUCUUCUUCGCGCACGUGGGCUGGUUGUUGUGCAGGAAACACCCAGAUAUCGCUAGGAAAGGCAAAGGAAUCGAUCUCAGUGACCUGAGAAACAAUUCUAUAUUGAUGUUCCAGAAGAAAUAUUACUUGUACCUGAUGCCACUCUUGUGUUUCAUUUUACCGACUGUCAUUCCUGUCUACUGUUGGAACGAGACUUGGUCUAACGCCUACUUCGUUCCCGCUGUUUUGCGUUACGUCUUUACACUGAAUAUGACUUGGUUGGUCAACUCUGCGGCUCACAUGUUUGGAAACAAACCAUACGAUAGAUAUAUCAAUCCUGCGGAAAAUAAAAUGGUGGCUCUCACGGCGUUCGGUGAAGGUUGGCACAACUAUCAUCACGUGUUCCCAUGGGACUAUAAAACGGCAGAGUUGGGCAACUACAGAUUCAAUCUUACAACGGCUUUCAUUGAUUUCUUUGCAAAACUCGGUCUCGCGUACGAUUUGAAGAUAGUACCCAAGGAUGUAGUAUACAAACGAGUGCAGAGAACUGGUGACGGAAACCAUAACACCGCAAAUCUGUGGGGUUGGGGUGACAAAGACCAGACGAAGCAAGAUAUAGAUGUAACAAUGGUGUUGAAGAAAGAAUAUUAA